AUGGCCGUCGACUCGAUCCUCCAGGGAAUCCGCAACCUGCUCCACACCUCGGCCGCCCGCUCGCCGACCGACCCGCGGCCACGGCCUGGUCCAAACGAUCCCUCGCCCGUGCUGCCGUUGGUAUCGACACCCGGCUCAGCAUCCGGCUCGACACAGGCGCUGUCGACACCGAUCUCCGGCCCCGGAUCCCAGCGCCAGUCUCGAUCGACGCCGAGUCUGGCGGUCCGCCCCAGAGCCAGCUCCACCGCCAACCCCUCCACCGGCAUCAAGGCCAGCAUCAAGGCCAGCAUCAAAGCCAGCAUCAAGGCUGGUCUCGGAUCCAAGCCCGGUGCCAGUGCCGAUGCCAGUGCCAGUGCCGAUGCCAGUGCCGAGAGACGACGCCGAAAGCUGCUCCGGGACGAGCUGCAGAACACCCCACCCCUGUCGCAGCCAGCCUCGGUCGUCAAGAUCAAGGGUCUCUUCAUCCACGGCCACAUCGACCGGGGUCUUGCCCUGGCCAUCGCCCGCUUCGAGCGGGACUUUGGCUUCCCAAACUCGGCAAAGUCCCGAGCCGAGGUGCUGCCGGUGGUGCUGCAGUAUGCGGUGCGGAGCAGGCUCUCGCGGCAGGACCAAAAGACCUUCCAGGUCCCCGAGCGGCCGCGGUCGUAUGCAACAUAUGUGCGGCAGCUCAAGGAGGACGGGUGGAAGGGCUUUGGGGCCAAGGGGCUGUCGCUCAAGUCGAUGCGAAACGAGAGCGAGCGGGACCCGGUCUCCAAGUCGAUCAUCAACGGUGUCAAGGUCUCGCAUGUUCGCACCACAUCGGGCCGCUAUGCCGUGCUGAAACUGCAUCCAGACGUCUCACUGAAGAACUGGAUCAUCGACCGACACAAUUUGCCAGGCGAUGUUCCCAAUGGUCGACGGAUCGGGCAGCUGAUGCUCCCCAUGUCUGGUCUGUUUGAAACCGAUGUGGCCGCAUAUGACAGCAGGACAAGUACCCCGCCCCGAACCAUGGCGAAACGGGCUGCCAUGACUCUCGCAACACCACCAGGACGACGGCCCUCUCAGGCAAGUGCGCUGAGCCCCAAGACGUCCGGCGACCUGCUGGAGAAUCAUUCCGCCAAGCCAUAUCCGUAUCGGACUACCAGCGAUCUUCACAAAGUACCGCUGAUGAGUUCGCACCAGUCCUGGCCACGUAUCAGCCGCGAGUCGUUGUGGCAGAGCCUGAGUCUCGACCGUCAUCCGUCUUGGAGCCGCAGCAAUCCGCAGCACCGUUUCCAGAGCCUGGAUCGACUCUGCAAUCCUGAUCGACUUCCGGGAUCCGAUCGUCGUCACCAAGCCAGCUGCUUCAAGAGCCUGACCCGUCAGUCGGGCCAGAGCCGCUGUGGGGAGUUGAGAGCGCCUCCCCGAUCUUGGACCAGUGACAAGGUCGAUGCGCUUGGUGAUGACACCGAAAUCCUAGUGUCGUUCGUUUCACAGUCCCAGGGCUCGUGCUCGCAUUACGGGCGAUCCAAUUAA